AUGGUGGGGCAAUGGGGGAAAGAAGAUGAUGAAAAGGUGGUGAUCAGAUGCUACAAUGAUCGUAGGGACAGAAUUCAAAUGGAAUGUGUGGAGAAAAGUUGUGAGAUUGGUAACGACCAAACUUUUCUCUUCACAGAUACUUUAGGCGAUCCCAUCUGCAGAAUUCGGAAUACUCCUCUCUGCACCAUGCUGGUGGCAGAUGUUGGGACCAAGCUGGUUGGUUCCAUACAAGGUUCAGUGAAGCCAGUUAAGUUUCAUGAUAAGUCAGUGAAUGUGGGUUACGUUCUUGGUCUCAGAGUUGUGCCGCCUUAUCGACGCUGUGGCAUUGGUUCGAUUCUAGUGAGAAAGCUGGAGGAAUGGUUCGUCUCUCACAAUGUUGACUAUGCUUACAUGGCCACCCAAAAGGACAAUGAGGCCUCUCUCGGUCUUUUCGUCGGAACACUUGGCUAUACCAUCUUCAGAAACCCGGCAAUUCUGGUCAAUCCGGUAAACCCCGGUCGGCGUUUGAAAUUGCCUUCUGAUAUCGGAAUAAGGAAGCUAAAGGUGGAAGAAGCUGCAUCAUGGUACCGGACACACGUUGCACCAACGACAGAUUUUUUCCCGGACGACAUAGACAAAAUCUUGGGGAACAAGUUAAGCAUGGGGACAUGGGUGGGUUAUUACAACAAUAACGACAAAAUCAACAGUUGGGCAAUUGUUAGUGUAUGGAACAGUAGCAAAGUAUUCAAACUUAGGAUCGGGAAAGCUCCUUUGAGCUAUGUGCUUCUUACCAAAGUUUGCAACCUUCUCGGAAGAUUCUUGCUGUUUUUGGGCCUAACCGCAUUACCUGAUCUGUUUACUCCGUUUGGUUUUUAUUUCCUUUACGGUGUUCACGCGGAAGGUCCGUUACGUGGGAAACUCGUUAGGGCAUUGUGUGACCACGUUAAUAACAUGGCUGCCUCAGAUGACGGCGGCGCGUGUAAGGUCCUGGUGGUAGAAGUCGACGGAGAAAAUAACGGCGAUGAUGGUUCUAUGAGUAGGUUUGUUCCGCAUUGGAAAAUGCUUUCAUGUGACGAUGACACAUGGUGCAUCAAACCGUUGAAAUGUGAAGAAAAGAUGACCGACUUGGGUGAAUUUAACGAUAUGUUCUGGAAAUCAAAAUCGGCGACACUCUUUGUGGAUCCAAGAGAUGUGUAG